UGAUCUGAGUGGCAAUUCGUUGUCAGGCUCCAUUCUAGCCGCCAUUGCUGACAUUGCUGCCCUCAGGAUCUUGCGCUUAUAUUCCAACGGUUUGGAGGGGGAAAUUCCAAAAGCAAUUGCGCGGCUCACUGGCUUGGAAGAAUUGAGCCUGGGCCUCAACUCGGGCAUCACAGGGUCCAUUCCCCAGGAGAUGGAGCGCCUCGUCAACCUCAGAUACAUAAAUUUCUUCAUGAUGGAUUUAGUGGGUCCAUUUCCGUCCUGGAUAUCUGGUCGCACCAAGCUCACCCACCUAAACAUUGCUCACAACAGCAUCAUUGGCAGCAUACCAGAGUCCAUUGGCAGCACCAUCAACCUCAAAAUCUUCUCUGUGUGGUUCAACAUCAUCACAGGCACCAUUUCCGAGUCCAUUGGCAGCCUCACCAAGCUCAGCGAGCUGGCUUUGCCAGAUAACCAGCUAAAGGGAAGCAUCCCUGAGGGCAUUGGUAACAUGAAGUACAUCACCUCUUUGGACCUUGCGCGCAACUGGUUGAACGGCACAAUUCCCAACAGCUUGUCUCGUCUGACUAACCUCAUAUUCUUGCGUCUUAACAACAACAUGCUGAAGGGGUCAUUUCCGGCUUGGAUCUUAGGGAUGUCCAACAUUAGGGAGCUGAGCCUUGGUGAGAACCAGUUUUCGGGGCAUAUACCUGCUACUCUUGCCAGCUUGAAAGCACUCACUUAUCUCAACAUAUCAGUCUCGGGCCUCACAUGUCCCCCAGAUGCUGCCAGCUGUGUGGUUCCUCAGUCCAUCGCGAGUGCCUUCUGCCAGGAGUGCAGGAGCUUCUGUGCCACGUGUACAACAG